CGGGGCGCAAGGACAGCUGGUUGGUGGUGGGGGGGCUUGAAUUAUAAAGGGAAUCAGAAAAAGAAAAAGUAUCGAGGAAAAAAGGAAUUCGGAAAAAGAGUUUCCAUUUUGCAAAACAGCAUUAGAGUUAAGAGAAUAAACAAAUAGGAGGAGAUUAAGAGAAAGGGGAGGAAAUAGAAGAAAAGGUUUCUGCAAGAGGAAAAAAGGCAACAAAAAAACUGAACUUUAUUGGACGUGAGGACUUCUGGCCAUCAGCGAACUGCAGUAGGUCAGAUAGAUGGUUUGUCCACAGCGCUGCCCGGAUCAUGAACGCACAGCUGUCGAUGGAGAAUAUUGGCGACCUGCACGGCGUGAGCCAUGAAUCCGUGGCCGGUCACGGAGAGCUGCUGAGUGGCCACAGUCCACAUUCCCGUCCGAACGCUCGGGGUCUGAGCCACCGUGCAAUGGGCAUGGCGACCCUGCUGGACAGCGGAGACUAUCACCCGAGCCACCCCGGACACCUGCAUCAAGCCAUCAGCAUGUGUGAAGCCCCCCCUGGCAUGAGUGCAAGCAGCACUUACACCACCCUAACCCCUCUUCAGCCCUUACCCCCCAUCUCCACCGUGUCCGACAAGUUUCCUCCCCAUCAUCACCACCACCAUCAUCCCCAUCAUCCUCACCCUCAUCCCCACCAGAGGAUCCCCGGAAAUGUCAGCGGCAGUUUCACGUUGAUGCGAGAGGACCGGAGUCUGGCGCCUAUGAACAGUCUGUAUCCAGCAUAUCAUCACAAGGAUCCGUGCAUGGGUCAGAGCCUCUCUCCGUUGUCUGGUUCCGGUCUGGCCAGCAUACAUACCUCCCAGGCCGGCAUCCCUCCUUACGCUCAUCCCGGUGCCGCCAUGCCUGGUGAGAAGAUGCUUACCCCCAGUGGGUUUGAGGCUCACCACCCGGCAAUGCUCAGCAGACACACGGAGCAGCACAUGAGCUCUUCAGCGGGCAUGGUACAAAUCAACGGCCUCCAUCACCACCCUCACGCCCACCUUGGCGCGCAGGGGCAUGGGCAGGGGCUGGGGAACAGCCGGGAGCAGGCCUCCGGCCCCGGACAGCAAGGGGUCGGUGGUGGAGGGGGUGGUGUUUCAGGGGGACAGAUGGAGGAGGUGAAUACCAAAGAGGUGGCGCAGAGGAUCACCACAGAGCUGAAGCGCUACAGCAUUCCUCAGGCCAUCUUUGCCCAGCGGGUCCUUUGUAGGUCCCAAGGGACCCUGUCCGACCUGCUGAGAAACCCCAAACCCUGGUCCAAGCUCAAGUCCGGUAGAGAGACCUUCCGCCGAAUGUGGAAAUGGCUGCAGGAGCCUGAGUUCCAACGCAUGAGUGCGCUCAGGCUCGCAGGUGAGCGAAGCCUCGCAUGUAAACGUAAAGAACAGGACCAUGGCAGAAACGAGCGGGGGAAUGUGACCAAAAAGCCCCGGCUGGUGUUCACAGAUGUGCAGCGACGGACGCUCCAUGCCAUCUUCAAGGAGAACAAGCGUCCAUCCAAAGAGCUGCAGCUCACUAUCGCCCAGCAGCUGGGCCUUGAGCUGGCCACAGUCAGCAACUUCUUCAUGAACGCACGUCGCCGGAGCCUAGAUAAGUGGGUGGACGAUGGCUCCAGUCACGCAGCUAACUCUGGCACCAAUCCCUGCACCAAAGCCUGAAAACAGACUGAUUUGACUAACUCAUGGACUGACUCAACCUCGGUGGAAAAGCUUUAAAACCUAAGAGAAACAAAGAGAAACUUAAAAAGACCUUGAAGCAACAUUUUGCCCUUAAACCUGUACUAUAUCGAUAUUUAUAGUAUCCAAAGAUGAAAAAACAAACCAAAGACUUCUUGUUUGACCUGCUUUGAAAUGUUCAUUUCAGUAACUGCAAAACACUAUAAUUUUGCCCUCCCUCACACACACACACACACACACACACACACACGCUCACAAACACUGGUCUCUAGCUUUACUACACCCCCUCACUUCCCCCACCCAAUAUCAAUCUAUCAUUCGCCAUCAUUAUCUUGAAUGUGAUUGGUUUGUUUAAAUGAUGGGUCCCUAAAUGAAGGUUUAAUCAGCCUAUUGAGAGUCUGAUCUGCAGCUGUCCACACCCUUGUAAAACAGCCAAAAAAAUGCUGAGCUCUGGUGGGAUUGGUCAAUCAGUUUUAAAGAAAAACACCCUAUGGAGCUAAAGGACUGUUGUGCAAAUUUUCUUGGAUCAGAUGUGGUGGACUGUCUAUCUAGCCGUCUGCUUGUCCAGCUGUGUCUUUCCAUUAAGCAUUCCAGAAAGACAGUUUAACGCCCAUGUGUAGACUGCUAACCCAGAACCAACAUGGCAACCCUAAACCAAACCAAAAAUCCCAAACCUCAACCCACAUAGUAGUGCUUUCUUCCAACAUGCUGAAGCGUUGAAUAAUUUAAAGAAAAGAAACCAAAGCCUUCUACACCCUGAAGCCACUUAUGCAUCUUAAAAUAAAACCACUUAAGAAUGUGUUAAGAAGGAAUUUGACCAAAGAGUAUAGUUUGUUGUCGAUAAUCUUGAGCGUAUUUUUACCUCAUUUCCUCCCUUACCUCCUAAAACAGACUGUUAGUUGGGCAACACAAAAAAGAGAAUGUUACUGCUCCAUACAACAUUUUGAGUCACACUUAAAUUUGUUCCCUGUAUUAUAUAACACAACCUAUUGACAUUUGCCUUAUAGAUGCCUUCUUGAAUCAGACCAAACUAUUCCAGCUUUGUCUUCACAGUCAGUCUAGUGAAUGUUACUGUAGAUGCUGUUUGUGAAGAUGAAUUGUUAAAGAUGCCACCUCCACAGUAGGUCUGUUUCUCUGUUGCCUACAGGUUUAGCUCCAGUGUAUGUGUUCAAAUAUCAGUAGCUGGCAAACAAAGACAAAUCCUUUGUGUAGUGUGUUUUCUCUGCAACAGUGAAAACACAAGAUGCUGGCUCUAUGUACGGUCAUGACACCGUGAGGGAGACAGAUAUACUCUGAUGUUUUUUUGUUUUGUUGUUUGUUUGUUUGUUUUUUUGUUUGUUGGUUUAAGGACAGACAAUGGCACCAGUGUGAUAAUAAGCGUUCAGCGUUGCUCUUGCUUCUCUGUGCACUUCAUUUUAUCUCCUUAUCAGAGAUGCUGGGUAAAGGGGAUGAUAUCUACAAUCAAAUAACUUUCAGGCACUUACACAGCAAUGUCAGCUCGUCACCUGAAUACGAAAGCACUCCGUCCCUGUCUCUUGCCAAUCCCCCACCCCCUACCUCCCUCAUUCCUGCCUCCACUCUCCUGGUAAGCUAUGCAUUUCAGCACUAGGAGGAAAGCACUACACAGGGCUGGCCCAGUUCAGCGUAGCAUUAGAUAGAUUUUAGCCGGCCCCUUGCCAUCAUCCUCCUCAUGGCCAGGGUUAGCAGCUCUACAUUCACCAGAACAAGCUCUGAAGAAGGGUCAAAACAGAGAGCUGUGUCACCAAAAAGAUGACAAGAAACAAAAAAAAAAUGUGUCAAGACCUGCUGAUGUUUUAUAGUGUGAACCAAAGAUGCUACCUCACUCAAGUUCCAUACGUGAUUUCUAUCACUUUGAUGAUACCAAAGAUAACCAAAGAUUUUUUUCUCAUUGCACGGCCUCUAUGAGUGGUGUUCAAAGAUGUUGUAUGUCUCCCCUCCCCCCAUCUCCCCUCUCUUCCUUUUUUCUACCCUCCCCCCACCUGCACUCAACCCAUGCACCCCUGCUCUGUGUGCUCUUGCUUCAUCUGUGCUCUGAUUACAGCUCCAUAGAUAGUCAUGCUGAUGUAUCUAUAGGCAGAUAUGCAGCCAUAGAUACACACACUCGGCUAUGCAGGUGCCAGCAGGGUACGACGAAUUUGAUAGCAAUGUGCUUAGUCUUUGGUCUGCUUGUUAACUACACAAAAGCAUUGGUUCUUCCACUGUGUUAUCAGAAAAAAAAAGUUCAAAUGUAAAAACAAGCAAUGUGCCAAGCUCACAAAUAAGUAAAACUAGGGUUUUACUUUGGUUUAUGAAUCAAUAUUAAAUAUUUGAUGUGAAUUUGAUGGAGUACCCUGUUAGCCAGCCUUUUUCUUUUUUUUUUUUUUUGUUCUUUUUCCUCUUGGCCCUGCCCGUGAGUGUGUAUCUAUAGGUUGAUACCAUUGAUCCAACAAAUAGGUCAGACAUCUUCAUGUGAUAACAAGUAGACAACUUGACUUAGCCAUGGGCAGAACUGUUGACUCAACUAUAGGCGGACAUGUUCCUGAAAGUAGAAGCAGACGUGUUGCAAUCUUUCUAAAACUCCCAGGACGAGUGCCUUGCUUGAACCAAAGUGUUAUACCACUGUUGACCUCUCACCUUUGACUCUGUGAAUACCUCAGCCUGUAGAAGGGCCACUACUGAAAAAACAAGGAAAAGGUUUUUCUUUCUUUUUUUUAUCACACCGUGGUGCUUUUGCCAGCGCAACCAUGCAAUGAAAACAUACCAAAGGAAUUUCUGUUGUCCACUUCUACAGAUUAAACCAAAGGUCUUUGUUUCUCCUCUCCCCUGCCCCCCCCUUACCUCUCCAUCCCUCCUUCACCUCCAACCUCCCUUGUCUCUCUGCUGUAUGUAGGAAUGUCCAGCACUCUGGCCGUGCAUGUCUUUACCAAUGUCUCUGAAUACCUCAUAGUAAUAAUUCCUUUGAGUUCUGCAUAGAGACAUUUAUCUAUGAGCAAGGCAGAACUCCUCUCGUGUAGUAAUUGUUAAUGCUACUUCAAAAAGCUGUAUGAUUGUCUAUUUUGAAGUUGUUUUUUGCAGAAGUGCUUUGUUUCAAGUCACGAGGGGCAAGUUUCAGGGUUGAUGUAUGAAACUUAAGGGAUGGAGGGAGAAGCGUAUUUUUUAUCAGACAUUGGGUUAUGCCAAUAUUAUGAUCGUAGACUAUUGCUUUUACAGGGUAAAACCAACUGCUGUGAUAUUGUGUUCAUAUUUCCCUUUUCUCUAUUUCUGUGUUGUGAUUUUAAUUUAAUUGCAUUUUUGUAUUGGUUAACCACUGCUUUAAUUUAUGCAUUUGUAGAAACUCUAGAUUUGUAUAUAGUAGAUUUUUGAAAAAACAAACAAAACAAACAAACAAACAAAAACAAAUGAAAAUGACAGUUUUAUGUUAUGGCCUUAUUUCCCAUACUUAGAUAUAACAAAGGAGUAGUUUGUAUUCUUCUUCAGCUAAAUCCUUGCCGGCAUUUCAAUGUGUGUUUUAAACACUGCCAGAAACCUAAACAGUUGAUUUGCCAAUGCAGACAAAGUUAUACAUGAGCUACUUUGUUGAAUAGCUGGCAAAAAAGCAGUGUGUAAGUGUGUGUGUGAUUUUUAUUCUUUUGACUUCUUGAAAACUGUUACUUUAUUGGUGUUACUGCACAUCCAAAGACUUUUAAAAUAAACCAAAAAUUGGGGGAAAAAAUGUAUAAUGUUGAAAAGCACUGGCAUUUGUGAGAUAGAUUUGUUGAGUUUUGAUUUGCCAUUCGCACGGGUAUAGAAUGUAGAAGGCGUAGGACUGUGUGGACAAGCUUACUCUACCAUGUGGGGAACCUCCUAUUUAAUGUACAAUCUGCAUUUGAAACGAGGGCUGCAAGUCCCGCUCACUUUGCUGUCUCAUACACAGAGUGAGGUGGAGUGGAGGCCGGGCAGCCGGUCUGCCAGGGGCUGUGCCAUGGAGCUGGGUCUGUUUAUACUGCCAUGGCACUGCCGCCUCGCUCCAUCUAGUAUCUGUUCUUUUGGUACGUACUCGUGUCAUGACUAUGAGCAAAGUCUAAUAAAACUGCAAAAAACCUUACCGCAAAAUCAGUGUGUGAGUGUGUAUGGGGACGAUCACCUGCAUUGCUCAUCUCUUUUUCUGUCUGUGAUUGUGUGUGUAAAUCAAAUGUUGAGUGCUGCUGUGGCUGUGUGUAAGCUCAUUUGCAUGUAUUUCUUUACUGUGUGUUUGUCCAUUGUUAAAUCUGUUUCUACUGCAUAUCGCAAGGUAUUAGGCAAGGUAUUAUCUGGUACGCGUGAAUGCGUGGGAUCAAUUGGUGCAUCAGCAAACAGUUUAAAACAGUAAAUUUGACUCACUCUGUUUGUCAGAGGCUCCACUGUUAGUACUGCUUCCUUUCUAUCAUGCUCAGACAGCACAGAGUCUCCAGGGAUGGAAGAUCAUCACAGAAAUGUUUAUGUCAUGCAGUCAUUGUGUCACAGAAUGGAAAAUGUGGAAGUACAAGUGCUUACAUUAUACAUGCCUAUUAAAGUAGACGAUGCAGUGUGGACGUAUGUCUUCCCCGUUUUCCUAUAUCUUUUUUUUUUUACUA